AUGGCCUUGUGCAGGUGUCUCCCUUUUUGUACCGGAAAGAAAGAGAAAGGGAAGGGUACCGCUGAAGGGUCUUCAAUAGGGGACCUUAAAGGUCAACUUGGUGGAAUACAGCACAGGAAAAUUUCAUCAGAGAAUCGUUGUUUGAAGCCGGCCACCCUUGAUGUCACAGUACCCUGUGCUGUGCAGAAGAAUUCCAGAGCAAACGUGAGGGUUAUGAAUCUUGAGAGUCCUGUGAAGACUGAAGUGGAGGAAGCUUAUGAAGGGGAAGAUGAGCAUGAGGAGUCUCCUUCCAUCAAGAGGGAGCUCUCUAAUUUUGAUCUUCAAUUCCACCAAGCUGCUGCAAGCAAAGGAGGACAUGAUCCAUCAAAUGAAGAGAUAAAAUACCCCAGUUGGUGUGAAGACCAAGCUAACAUUCAAUUCGAUGACAGAGACCAUAAACACAGCAAAAAGAGUGAUGAUAUCAUCCAAAGUGGACAUGUCAGUGAUCCUGGGAUUGGCAAGGCUGACUUUUGGGCUUAUCCAAAGCUCAAGAGAUCUUGUUCUGACCUUGAAAGAAGGGAUGUACUCAGGAAGACUUCUCAUCUCUUUCCUUCUUCUAAGUCACAGCCUUUUGAUGAUUUGCAGGGAUUAUCAGCAGAUCAGAUUGUUAAUCUAGAAAGCCCCAGGUCUGUGAUGACUCACUGCAGUGCUGAUAGAGUGAUGUUGAAAAGGCAUUCCUCAAGUCAAGUUCUUCCUUCUAGAAGUAGAAGAUUGUGGUGGAAGUUGUUCCUCUGGAGCCACAGGAAUAUACAUAGACCUCAGUUAAGCCAAUCGACACAAAUACAUCCUGCAAUUGUUGCUUUAAGCAGUCAGUGUGGUUACUCCUCAGACACCCUUGAACCAAACAAAGGCAAGGCAUUGAGAGAUGAAGAAUCACCCUCACCCACCUCAUCUUUUGGGGAAUACUUUCAGAAAAGCUGUGAUGACCAAAAUAUUCCUAACCAAAGGUGGAGCAGAUUUCACAAAGAAAAAUUUGGUUUUUGGCCGCAGAAUCAAUGGGUGGCUUUCUCAACAGAAUCAUCCUCGCUUAGCAGAGUGGAUGAGUGGGUGAAAGAUCUCGAAAUUCAGCGACCUCCUGAGGAUGAUUUUGAUGAUGACAACAUUGGAAGCAUUGCCUUCCCACCUUCUCCUGAUGAUGGUAGAUCAAUGGCAAGAAGCACAUCUCUGUUGAUUCGACAUCCAGAUGCCAAUCUUGCCAAGGAUAUAUUGAAUGCCAAUAGUGUGGUCCAGUCCCUGAACCCAGCCUCAACUGCAGCUCAUAUAUCAGGCAUUGGUAUAAAAGCCAUCCCCUCUCUUGCACACUUCUUCAGUCUCCGCUCUGUCAAUUUGUCAAGCAAUCUUAUAGUCCACAUAACGCCUGGAUUUCUCCCAAAGAGUAUUCAUACACUGAAUCUUUCAAGAAACAAAAUCAGCACUAUUGAGGGCCUCAGGGAAUUAACCCGGUUGCGGGUACUUGAUUUAAGUUAUAAUCGCAUCUCAAGAAUUGGACAAGGAUUAUCAAAUUGUACCCGAGUCAAAGAGCUAUAUCUUGCUGGAAACAAGAUAAGUGAUGUUGAGGGGCUACACAGGCUAUUAAAGCUAACAGUUCUGGAUUUGAGCUUUAACAAGAUCGCAACAACAAAAGCAUUAGGCCAGCUGGUGGCCAACUACAACUCGCUUCAGGCCUUGAAUCUGCUAGGAAAUCCAAUUCAAAGCAACAUCAGUGAUGACCAGUUGCGCAAAGCAGUUAGUGGUCUUCUUCCAAAGCUUGUGUACCUGAACAAGCAAUCUAUCAAGUCUCAAAGGGGACGAGAAAUACUCACUGAUAGUGUUGCCAAAGCUGCACUUGGGAACAGCGGCCACAACUCCUACAGAAGAGCACUAAAGAAAGGUGGUGGCCAAGGAGGGUCAAGUUCCUCCAGUAUGCCUAGAAGCAGUGCGAGUGUUUCCCAUAAAAGCAGGAACAGGUCAAGGAGCCGAACUAAGCACCAUUAG